ACCCUGGUCUCCUCUUCCUAAUAUAUAUAUUAUUCCUUUUCAGGUUCAGUCCCAAACUCCACUACUGAUUUUCGAAUCUGAUCCACACUGUGAGGCGAGAGCGAGCGCAACAGUAACAGCGUCGGCGACAAUGGGCAAGGGCGGCGCUUCAGGCGACAGCGUCGGCAGGAAGAUCUGUAAGUCCUACACCUACGUUUUCAUCUGGAUCGUCCUCAGCUUUUCGGUGAUCGUCUACAACAAGUACAUUCUGGACAAGAAGUUGUACAACUGGCCCUUCCCAAUUUCCCUUACCAUGAUCCACAUGGCCUUCUGCGCUUCCAUCGCCUUCCUCCUCGUCCGCAUCCUCCGCCUCGUCGAGCCUGUCUCCAUGUCCCGCGAACUUUAUCUCUCCUCCGUCGUCCCCAUCGGUGCCCUCUACGCCCUCUCCCUCUGGCUUUCCAACUCCGCCUACAUCUACCUCUCCGUCUCCUUCAUCCAGAUGCUCAAAGCCCUCAUGCCCGUCGCCGUCUACUCCAUCGGCAUUCUCUUGAAGAAAGAGUCCUUCAAGUCCGACACCAUGGCCAACAUGCUCUCCAUCUCCCUCGGCGUCGCCAUUGCUGCCUAUGGAGAAGCUAAAUUCGACUCCUGGGGUGUCAUUCUCCAACUGGGUGCCGUGGCUUUCGAAGCCACGAGGCUCGUCAUGAUCCAAAUCUUGCUCACCUCCAAGGGUAUCUCCUUGAAUCCCAUUACCUCCUUGUACUACGUCGCUCCCUGCUGCUUCGUUUUCCUCUCCGUGCCCUGGAUCUUCGUGGAGUAUCCGUUGUUGAAGGAAUCUUCUAGCUUCCACUUUGAUUUCUUCACCUUCGGCACCAAUUCUCUCUGCGCAUUCGCUCUGAAUCUCGCGGUGUUUUUGCUUGUGGGAAAGACUUCGGCUUUGACCAUGAAUGUGGCCGGCGUGGUGAAGGACUGGUUGUUGAUCGCGUUUUCGUGGUCGGUCAUUAAGGACAUGGUGACACCCAUUAAUUUGUUUGGGUACUUUCUUGCUUUCUUGGGUGUCGCCUAUUACAACCACUCGAAAUUGCAGGCUCUGAAGGCGAAGGAGGCGCAGAAGAAGGCUGCCCAGGUCGAUGAGGAGGCUGGGAGGUUGUUGGACGAAAGGGAAGAAGAUGGAUUGGGAAAGAAGAGCGAAUUGCAAAAUUAAUUUAAUUAGGAGCUCUAGAAAUUUUAAUUUGUGGAAAAAGUGAAGGAAGAGUACGGAAAUAACGAGAAAGGAAUGAAAUUGUGCUUCGUGUUCUGCUAACUGUGGUUGUUCUUCAGCAAUGUUCAGGGAUUUUAGAUUCGGUCUGUUGCUUAUAGUCCAUUACACUGUGUCUUACGAGUAAGUAUUAAAGACGCUCUUUUUUUUUUCCCUGGAUUAUGUUUGUGUCGGAACUCGUUCGUAUAAAAUGUUUGCUAUGGUUAUUUCUUCA